AUGGUCGGACAACGUCGUGCCAUGCAAGCAGAGGAGGCGGCGGAGGUGGAGGUGUUGAAUGCCAAUCUGUCCAAGAUGAAGUCCGUUUCGAAGAAGAUCCAGGCAUCCAUGUCUCGACUCGAGCAAUCCGGGCGUAAUGUGCAGGAAGCUAUCGGGCCGGUGUAUGGCAAUACUCAGCGUCUUCAGGUCCAGAAUGCGAACAUUGAUCGGAUACUAGCGGCGAUAGACAAGGUGACACAGCCAUUGGACUUGAAGGACAGGGAGGAGAGAAUAUUGCGAAGUCGACCGGACCGAGUGGGUUUGCAGGAGUACAUUGGCAGUAUCGAUCGUACGAAUCAGGCAUUGCAGAACCUACAACAAACGAAUCUGAGGUCAAAUCAGCAGGCUAUGGCUGAGCUGAGCAGUCUGUUGGAGAUUGGGACAGCGAACUUGGAGGGCGAGUUUCGGGAUAUGUUGAAGCAGGACUCGAACCCUAUCGAACCACUGAAGCAGAUCACCACUGGGAGCCCAUAUCCUCGGAUCAGUUCUGGCAAGUCCGGUCAGCUAAGAACCAUGCAUGCGCAUAUCACUACAUAUGCCGCACAGUCGACUGCGCGGGGCGACCUUUUGCCAUCGGCUAAAGCUUAUGCGAAUGAGAGAGGUCAUUAUCUCAUGAUGUCGCUGCAAAAUCUGGCGACAGCCUGCAAAUCUACGGCAAGAAAAGUCGAUGCAAAUGCUAUCUAUCGCCAGGGUAGCAAUGGUAUCGGCUCCUAUGCGCAAGGUAUUCUUGGCAUGUACACCACGGAAUACGACAACAUAUGCCACAUCUUCAAUCGAGAAGAAUGGGGCCCGGUACUGCAGGCGACGUGUCAAAGCUCGCUACAAGCCUUCGCCGCGACAUUGCAAGCGCUGGACACGCACAUACGGGAGAACAUGCAAACGGACUGCUACCUCGCUUACGAGAUCAUCGAGGUCGUCUCGAAUACGUCUAUACAGCUGGAAAGCAAGACUGGCGAGCUGAAAUACGCGAUGUCCGACGCCCUGAAACCGAUACGGGAGACAGCCAAGUCAUCUCUAUCACUCCUCCUCAAUACCACAAGACAGCAGAUACAACAAAUGCAGUCUCUACCACAAGAUGGCAACUCUGUACCGAUCACAGCAGAAGUCAUGACUCGACUGCAGCUCAUGACAGCAUACCUUUCGCCUCUCAGUAGUAUUAUGCGCUCACUUGGCGACGGUGGCUGGACACAGACGCCUUCCGCAGGCAACUCAACAGCCUCAAUCCCGACCCUCAAAUCCUUCGACGUAGGAGCCGACGGCAAGCAACUCUUCGCUCACUACGCCACGGACACCAUCGAUGUCCUCCUCAGCACUCUCGAAACUCGUUCCCGCACCCUCCUGCGUGGCAAAAGCCUUCAAGCUGUCUUCCUCGCCAACAACGUAGCAAUCGUGAGCCGCAUGAUCACCUCUUCCGAAUUAGACUCCCUAUUAUCGCCAUCGUCAGGUGGGAAGUUAGAUACUUGGCGCAAGAAAUCUACCCAAUCCUACACAGAUGCCUGGAAAGAACCCUCUUCCCACCUUCUCGAUGUCCAGUUCACAGCGAAAGCGCCCCGACCACCCUCCACCGGCGCUGCCGUCGACAGUACAGCUAUCCUCAAAGCUCUGUCAUCAAAGGACAAAGAUGGCAUCAAGGAAAAGUUCCGAGCCUUCAAUGCGUCUUUUGAUGAACUGGUUGCGAAACACAAGAGUUAUAAGAUGGAGACUGAGGUGCGGAGGCACCUGGGUAGGGAUGUACAGGGCUUUAUUGAAGCGCUUUAUGGGAGAUUUUGGGAGCGGUAUCAUGAGGUUGAUAAGGGGAGGCAGAAGUAUGUCAAGUAUGACAAGGGGCAGAUGGGGCAGGUCUUGGCCAGUCUGUCUGGGUAG